CUGCCUUCCUACUCCCCGCCCCUCCUCGCUCGCCCGCUCGCUCGCUUUUAAUCGCACAUUGAACAAACAUUCAAGAAACUGCAAAGCUGAAAGGGACAAGGCUGAUCGCGCGGUUGGCGGGGAAAGGAUCAUCAAUUAGCAAAACAACAGACCGGUGAAGGCAAGCCCCCACGAGUCAACAAAAAAGAAACUAGCCCAUUUUUUAAAACCCCUCUCCUAUAGAAUAUAGACGGCUACAUUUUAAAAUCCUGAUCUGGAUGAGGAAAUGAUUUCUGGAGCAUUUUGUGUGGGUCUCAGUUCCUGCGGGUGUUUCAAGGGGAUGUGAACUAACAGGACUGUGAAGUCUGCGUGAGUCCCUGAUCUACCAGCUGAUUUGUUUAUGGAGCUUUGGGCAAGGGCCAGGCCAGCUCCUCUGCCCCCCUGCGGCUUCCCAGGCGAUGGUGCUGCCCCCGGCCCAGGGAGGACCCCGGCUGCCCGGCAGAGGCUGACCCAGGAGGAGAAGGAGGAGGCGGCUUCCCCCGCGAGCGCCCGGGCUCAGUACUAUGGCUGUGUACUGCUAUGCGCUCAAUAGCCUGGUGAUGAUGAAUAGCAGCAACGAGGUGAAGAGCGGCGGUAGCCGGAGCAAGACGCCUCCCCCCUUGGGGCAGGUGCUGCAGGUCCCGGAGCGGCACGGCAGCUGCUGCCCGCUGGCCACGCUCAGCCCGGGCGCUGGGAGCCCCAGCUGCCCCCGGAGGAGCUCGGCCUUCCUCUUUCCCCAGGGGGAGCAGCCGCCGCCAGAGGAGCCGGGGAGCGCCGGGACUCCCGGGGGCGGCAGGCUGCCCAGCAGCCCGAGCUGGCUGGGAAGGGAAGAGCUGGCGCGGCCCCGCCAGCGGGAGCUGCAGAACGUGCAGGUGAACCAGAGAGUGGGGCUCUUCGAGGCGCACAUCCAGGCGCACAGCUCCGCCACCCUGCACCUCAAGAGCCCGCGGCUGGGCAGGAGAUCGCCGUCCCCCAUCCCGCCCCGCCGCAGCCGGCCCCCCGGCGGAGCCCCACAGGAAGCGCCCAGGAAGGAGGAGGACAAGGACCCGAGAAGCCCCUUUCCCUGGCCGGAGGUGGAGAGGGGGAUUUGGGGCCGCGGAGCGCAGGAUCCCGGAGAGAUGGAGAGGGGGCAUGAGCCCACCAGAGUGCAGGUUUCCGGAGAGAUGGAGAGGGGGGGUGGGCUCUGUGGGGCGCAGAUUGCCAGGGAGACGGAGAGGGGGAGCAGCACUCUUGGAGCACGUUGUACAGAGGAGAUGGAGAGGGGCGGUGGGGUGCCCAGGGCGCUGGGAGCGGAGGAGACGGAAAAGAGGAGCGGGUCCUGCGAACAGGAGGGACCAGAGGAGAGGGGGAAGUGGAGCGGGUCCUCUAGGGCACAGAACUCAGAAGUGAUGGAGAGGGGGAGCAGUGGAGCGCAGAACUCAGAAGUGAUGGAGAGCAGGAAGAGGGUUCACACAGCGCAGGGCUCGGAAGAAUUGGAGAGGAGGAGCGAGUCCAGUGGAGCGCAGAGCUCAGGGGUGUUGGAGCCAGGAGCGGGGACCCACAGCAUGCAGGGCUCUGGGAUGAUGAAGCCAGGAGCUGGGACCCACAGCACACAGGGCUCUGGGGUGAUGGAGCAAGGAGUUGGGACCCACAGCACGCAGGGCUCAGGGGUGAUGGAGCGAGGAGAGGGGACCCACAGCGCGCAGGGCUCAGGGAUCAUGGAGCAGGACAGAGUGUCCCUAGAAACUCAGGGUUCUGCAUCAACAGAGGAGGGGAGCGAGAACUGUGGAUCAAGGGGCUUGGACACUUCAACUGCCCCGGAGCAAGGGAGGGGUGAAGAGCAGCAUUGCCCCCCCAGGACUGGCUGCUGGGGGGAGCUCAGGAGUCUGCUGGCCUGGGCUGGCUCUGCGGAGGAGCUGCGCCCAGUGUCUGGGAACUCCUUGGGAGCAGUGGAUCAAGCCUGUGCCCGGCUGCAGCAGGACCACCCUGGAGACCAUCAGCUGCUGGUGACAGUGGCAUCCACAGAACAAAAGGGGAAACCCCUGGGGGAGGGCUGCUGCGGAAGCAGCAUCCCUGCUGUCAUCAUUACUGACCUAGGGGGUCAGGAGGAGGAGGCCGGGGAGAGCCCCCAAGUGAACAUGCCCAUCAGGAAGCUGUCUUCCUCUUCGGCUUCUUCCACUGGUUUCUCCUCAUCCUGGGAAGAGUCCGAGGAAGACAUCUCCAGCGACCCCGAGCGCACCUUGGAUCAGGCCCCGCCCUUCCUGCAGACCCUGGACCAGCACAAACCCAGAGUGAGCAAGUCAUGGCGGAAGAUCAAAAAUAUGGUGCAGUGGUCCCCCUUUGUUAUGUCCUUCAAGAAAAAGUAUCCUUGGAUUCAACUAGCAGGGCAUGCAGGUAGCUUCAAGGCUGCAGCCAAUGGCAGGAUACUCAAGAAGCACUGUGAAUCUGAGCAGCGGUGCUUGGACCGCUUGAUGAACGAUGUCCUUAAGCCCUUUGUUCCUGCCUACCAUGGAGACGUGGUGAAGGAUGGGGAGCGGUACAAUCAGAUGGAAGACCUGCUGGCUGAAUUUGACUCCCCCUGCGUUAUGGACUGCAAGAUGGGAGUCAGAACGUAUUUGGAGGAAGAGCUAACAAAGGCCAGAAAGAAGCCAAACCUGCGGAAGGACAUGUAUCAGAAGAUGAUUGAAGUAGAUCCCAAUGCCCCAACCGAGGAGGAGAAUGCCCUGCAUGCAGUAACCAAGCCCCGAUACAUGCAGUGGAGGGAGACCAUUAGUUCUACAGCAACACUGGGAUUCAGAAUCGAGGGGAUAAAGAAAGAAGAUGGCUCAGUGAACCGGGAUUUCAAGAAGACAAGAACAAAGGAACAGGUCACAGAGGCCUUCAGAGAAUUCACUAAAGGAAACCGUAACAUUUUGAACGGUUACCUUAAUCGGUUGAAGGGGAUCCGUGAAACCCUGGAGACAUCGCCAUUCUUUAAAUGCCAUGAGGUAAUUGGGAGCUCCCUCCUCUUCAUUCACGACCAAAAGGAACAGGCCAAAGUCUGGAUGAUCGACUUCGGGAAAACCACACCACUGCCAGAGGGACAAUUCCUCCAGCACAACGUGCCAUGGGUGGAAGGGAACAGAGAGGAUGGCUACCUCUGGGGGCUGGACAACCUCAUUAAGAUCCUAAUGGAACUGUCACAGAGCGAGGACCUGCAUUAAAGCCAUAUGUCCAAUUCCACCACUACCCAGCAUCCCGCCCCUCAAACUGACUCUUCUGAACUGCACUACAAGACACUUUCCAGCCCCCCGCCCAUGUUAAAGCUAUCACUUCCCUAUUUAAGGUGGUUUUUAGUUUUUGUACAUAUGUAGAUCGCCUGCCAGAACAAACGCUGAACUUGAAGCCUUGGCUUUGCUCAGUAGAUGGGAGCAGAUCGUGUUGCUCAUCGCGGGCGCCUGAGCAGCAAGCAGCUGUGGUCUGGUUGGCUAGGCGAACGCAUGCUCUUUCCAUAGCAUUUCUGGUUCUUAGUCCAUCUCUCUUUAACAAGAACUUAUGUAGUGAGCAGUUGUGCAGCUGACAUGCCCUCCAGUUGAACGAAGAUGGUGUCCGAACCCUGAGUUCUGUUGCUCCUGAACUGUGUAAUUAAAGCCCUUCCAGCUAAGCGAAUGACAGAACGUAUUCAUCUGUAAGGAGCAUCUGCCCUCUAGUGGCUGGUGCUAGUAACACACCAUCCUCCAAGCCGGCAAGACUCCAUAGCUUUUAGAUUGCCAUUUUAAGUGUUCUGGAGAAGGUGAAGGCAGGGACACCAGGUUGGGAGAGGUUUAGUUACAUUUAAUAACAUCCUUCGUCCUAGGAAGCUAGAGGUGUAGACUCCUUAGGAGAUCUAGGUUUCUCUCUCUCUCUCUCUUCGAGCAACCUUGUUACCCACUUGUGAUUGUUCCGUUAUUUUUGAGUGGCCAUUGGAAUUGCAAAGUCUGUUCUUGUCAAUAACUAAGUGUAGUAUAACUGUGGCUCUUACUAACCUGUUUAGUGCUGGUUGAUGAGCUUCCCUCUAACCACUGAGGUGAGCUGGCGUUGUCAGCUGUAGAUGUUUACCAUCGGCCUGUCUUCGAAUUGAAAUCGCCUUUGAGCAAUUUAGCAGUAGGGCAGUGUGCUGGCACGUGACGAUCUGAGGCUGAUGCUCAGACCUUGUAGGCCAGCACUGGCUGAGAAUGCUGUGGAACCAAUAGUCUGAACCUAGACAACAAGGAAGAGAUUACUCUUCUGUCUCCAGCGAUCCUGCUCCCAUUAUAGGAGCAACUGCCAACCCUCCUAAGCUGGGAUGGUGGCCUACCAUGUGGCUUGAAGCCUCAGAUGAGGCUGAAGGAGAGCAAAAGUGGCUAUGGGACCAUUAUGAAACUUUAAAAAGGCUUCAGUGUUGGUGGGUAUUUCCUAGCAAUAAUCAGAUAAGCAGUCCUCCGUGCUGUGUAAGGUUAAUACUGCCAGGUGUGCAAAAGGGGAUGGGAACCCCUGGUAAAUCUGGGUCAGAAGGGAGUUCACAGGGGGAGCGGUCUCCAGUACUUUUCAAUGCCUUUGAGCGUCUUUUGUAGUAUCCUUGUUACGAGCCCUUACGAUUAGCAAAUGCCAGGCGUACUUAUGGGUUCUUUUAGAACCAGUUCUGGCUACAUCUCAAACAGAAUUGCAUUAAUUGGUCUAAAAGGGUUCUUUCAUAUGUGCAAACAACCUACCCCUAGUGGUGUGCGUUGAGAGCUCUCAUAUCUACAGGGGUAUAUGGAGGAGGUUAGGGCAGGGAGGCAGCUCUCAAGGUUAUCACCUCAGUUUUACUGGGUAAGACAAAGGGAUUUAAGGCAAUUCCCCCCCCCCCCUUGUUACCCAUGUAGCUCACUAAAUCCAGCUCUGGUUUUCACAAAUUGUUCCCUAAUUGGCUCUGCCUAAAUUGGAUGUAUACGUGGCCUUUCUGCUUCAAGGCUUGUGAAAACAACCAGUUCUCUAUUUAGGGUGGAGGCUAAUUUUUAACUUCCUGGAACAUUUGAACUAAGCAGCAUGCUUUUAGCAGAGCUAGCUUGCUAAAGGUCAGCUAUUGAUGUGGGAGGGGAAGGCUGUUGGUGCCUCUUGCUCUUCCUGGAGAGCUUGGAGUUCUCCAGAACUUAGGACAUAAGGACAGUAUUGAGCUUGGGUCAUGAACAAUCCUGCAGCUUUUGUUCCAUGAAUAAUACAAGCUAGCCAGGAGUCUGGCAGAAGUUAUGAACCUUUCUCCUCCCCACCCCCAACUCCGAAAGACCAUUGUCUCAUCUCUUUCCCCAACAGCGAUGCUAUCAGCCUGCUCUGCAAUAGUUAGAUGGGUGCAACUUUCCUGUGUCAGGAAGGUACCCUCACUGCGGCGCUAGGUGUGUGUGGGGAAGGGAGGGGCCCACUCAGCCAUCUGUUGUUCCCUAGCCGUGCACAAGUCUCUCUCGUGGAGAUUAAAAUCUCGUCAGACUUUCUCAGUUCAUAUCUCACCAGGCACAGGUCUGUAGUUCUGAGCAUAUAGUUGUAAAUGGUUGCACUGUUCAGCUUUUUGCCCAGGUUUCCUAUGCUGCAUAGAGUAGCCCCUGUGGAAGUGCCUUACGAACUUGCCCCUAUUCCAUUAGUGUCAUGGAAAAGGUUUUUAAGUUAUAUUUAUUUUCAUUCCUUCUUAAUUGCACAAAACACUACGACUUAAUGCAUGGAAUCUUUUUUUUUUUUUUAAAAAAAACCCUGUCUUUUUAGUUUUUAAAAUGUCCUUUUCCAGCUUUGGGGAAAGGGCUUUGAGCAGCAGCCUAGAUAUGUACCAAUUUUAGCUGCAGUUUAGCUUUGCAUUGCUCCUGUAUAUGUAUAUUAUUUUAAAGUCUGUUUUGUAAACCCAAUUCCUUGCUUUGUGGCUUCGAAAGAAGCACAUUGUUUCCCCAGAUGUCUUAUGCCUACCUGGAGGCUGGAACUGUUGCUGUGAGGUAUUCCUCCCGCUCUGCCCCCCUCAGUCAUUGGGUGAUGCAUAGUAAAUCCGAACUGUACUGAAACACCAACGCACAGUGCCUGUAAAGAGCCUAUAACUUCCAAAUAAAGGCAUAUGAAAACCA